AAUGUCUCAAAAUUGGCUCAAAGAUGUAAACAAUUUAACGAAUGCUUAUUUAGUUAUGAUAACUAUUAUAUAUAUAUAUUAAUAUUGUUGUGUGAAAUGAUCCUAAAUGUAUUUAUCAUAAAAUUUAUACCAUAUACUGAAAUUGAUUGGGAAACAUAUAUGAAACACAUAUCCAUAUAUAAAAAAGGAAUUUAUAAUUAUACUAAACUUGAAGGCCCAACUGGACCUUGUGUAUAUCCUGCAGGAUUUGUUUAUAUAUAUUCAACUAUGUAUUCUAUCACUAAUAAAGGAAAAAACCUUAAAAUGGCUCAAUAUAUUUUUUCGAUGAUUUAUAUAUUCAACUUAAUGUUAGUGUUAAAUAUUUACAGAAAAUCAAAAAGGGUUCCAAUAUAUUUUUUGAUACUGAUCUCAAUAACUUCUUAUCGUGUUCAUUCUAUAUAUGUAUUAAGAAUGUUUAAUGACACUUUAUCAAUAUUACUUUUACAUAUUGGAUUAAAUUUCUUGUUAUAUCAAAGAUAUACUUUAUCAUCCAUAUUCUUGAGUUUAGCCCUUUCUGUUAAGAUGAACAUUUUAUUAUAUUUUCCUGCAUAUGGCAUAAUAUUGGUCCUAUCCAAGGGGAUAGAAUAUGGAAUUUUACAAGCUUUCCUUAUGUUAUUUAUUCAGGUCAUUCUGGGAUUAUCUUUUUUACUGGAAUCGGCUCCAGCUUACCUUAAUAGGGCCUUCCAACUCGGACGACAGUUUGAUUACAAAUGGACCGUCAAUUGGAGAUUCGUAUCACCCGUCUUAUUUUCCUCCCGCGGUUUUCACGUCGCUUUAUUAGCACUCCACCUAACGUUUUUAACCUAUUUCAUUUGCGGGGUAUGGAUUAGAAAAUGUAACUUAUCUAUCUGGUCAAUGCUAUAUCGCCGCGUCUCUUCUAUCAAAAUGGAUGCUAACGAUAUAAUGUCCUGCAUGUUUAUAAGCAAUUUCCUGGGAGUAAUGUUCGCUCGAUCGUUGCAUUACCAAUUUUACGUGUGGUACUAUUACUCCAUACCUUUUUUGCUAUGGACAGCCUACCCGCCUGGUCAUCCCUUUUACAAAUUAUUCGGUAGAACCAAUUUUAAAUUAUUAAUAUGGGGCCUGAUCGAAUAUUGCUGGAAUGUUUACCCUUCCACCGUUGUUAGCAGCCUGACUCUUAACGCUUGUCAUUGUGUUAUAUUAAUCGGACUUUUAUAUCCCUUGUUAAACUUGAAAAAAGAGAAAACUAAAAUAGCCAAAUUGAAUUAAUACAUUUUUUAUAAAUAAUCGUGAUUAUAAUUGAUUGUUAAUAAUUUUUUCUUAAUUAUAGAUGUUUAU